AUGUCUCGCCGCUACGAUUCUAGAACAACCAUCUUCUCACCGGAAGGUCGGCUGUAUCAAGUCGAGUACGCUCUCGAGGCCAUCUCCCACGCCGGCACCGCCAUCGGCAUCCUCGCCAAGGAUGGCAUCGUCCUCGCCGCCGAACGCAAGGUCACCUCCAAGCUGCUGGAACAAGACACUUCGGCGGAGAAGCUCUACGUUCUGAACGACAACAUGAUCUGCGCCGUCGCCGGCAUGACGGCCGACGCGAACAUCCUCAUCAACUUCGCCCGCCAAGCCGCCCAGCGCUACCUACUCACCUACAACGAAGAUAUCCCCUGCGAGCAGCUCGUACGUCGGCUCUGCGACCUGAAACAAGGAUACACGCAACACGGCGGCUUGCGACCCUUUGGAGUCUCCUUCAUCUACGCCGGCUGGGACCCGCGGAGGCAGUUCCAACUCUACCUCAGCAACCCAUCGGGCAACUACGGCGGAUGGAAGGCGACGAGCGCCGGUGCCAACAACGCAAGCGCCCAGAGCUUGCUCAAGCAAGACUACAAGGAGGAUUGCACCCUGGACGAGGCCUGCGUCAUGGCCGUCAAGGUGCUGAGCAAGACGAUGGACUCGACCAAGCUGAGCAGCGAGAAAAUCGAAUUCGCCACGGUCGGCCAAACCGACGACGGCAAGAUCUACCACCGACUAUGGAGCGCCGACGAGAUUACGGCCUUGCUGAAGGAGCACGACCUGGCCAAGACGGAUGAUGCCGAGGACAAGUAG